AUGGUAACAUCCGAACGGAUGGGUGCAUUCGGAGAAAUGCGUCACACACCGUCGCCGGGAACACAAAAGUUACGAGUCGAUAUGAGCAGUUCGGGAUCGACUCCAAUUUCAAAAGUGGAAACACCAAUACUACCGUCGAGUUCAAUGUCACAACAACAUCCGAAUAAUGCGUUUCCGAGAGGCUCCCAAAGCUACACUUCCACUCGCUCCUCUCCACUCCGUAUCAACAUGUCGAAUCGCAGUUCAACCAACUCUCAACGUCCACUCCUUCCACCACAACCACAGAAUCAUCCCGUUCGAUUUCAACAGAACGGUGGUCAAUUCCUUCAACCGUCCGUCUAUAUGCCGACGACACACUCACAAGCAGACUCAUCUGAAUCCCGGAGGAAACACGAGAAACUGUCGGAUGUGUAUUCACAGAGUGGGGAUACUGUAGAGUUUGCGAAGAAUUUGAGCGAUUACGUUAAUGAGAAAAUUCCCUAUCAAAUCAGUAUAGCAGUUUUGACAUGCUUCAGUCUCCUCGCCUUCCUUCUCAUCAUAUUUGGCCUUCUGAAUUCCCCCUUCUGCGCCGUCCAACCGAUGAUUCCGAUCUGGUUGAUCGUUGAGGGAGUUCUAUUCAUCAUCUCCGCCACGUUUCGCAUCUAUUUCCUGAUUCCGACGCCUCGGCGGACGGCUUAUCGACGGCAACAGAGACAGUUGGGCGCCAGUUUAUUGUGCAAAGGGUUGGAGGUGCUCUUCGCACUUGCCAAUAUUGUAUGGCUCAUUUUGGGCUGUGUGUGGGUCUACGGUUCGAAGGCGUUCGUCCACUUUAACGAGGGAAUGUUCGAACGACAUUAUUGUGAGCCAAUGAUCUAUUGGUCGGCGUUUUUCGCGUGCACCGCGUUUUUGAUAUUCUACUGUGUGAUCAUUUUCUUGGUGAUAUGCCUUCUAAUCGUCGGCUCCGUCAAAGAGAACUCCGCUCAGGAUCAGAUUUUGGACUAA